AUCCUUUGCUCGCGUCGGCGCAGCCUGUGUGCGUCAGUUCCUGGCGGCGGGGAUCGGGGUAGCCAACGGCUUGUGGAGCAUCAUGCCCAAGUGAGUGUGGCCCUGGGAGCAAGCGGACUUGCGGUGGUUUUAUUGUGACUACUGUGAUACGUAUCUUACCCACGAUUCUGUAAGUGGCGGGUCUUUUUUAUAAUCCUAAAACGCCUUGUAUGCAAAAUUCUUUUUCUUUAGGUCCAGGUGUGUGCAUUACAGUCUCCUGGAAAUUUUAUGACAACCUUUCUUAGAAAGUAAUUAGGAAGCGGGUGUUUUUUCCCACCCUUUUUGUGAGGUCUUUGCAAUUUGAAGGUAUUUGCAGAAUGAUAAAACUUUAAGCAAGCUUGAAGAUGGAAAGCAUUUGCGUAUACAGAAACUGCAUGUACCUGUAAUGUCAAUACUUGAGAGGCUGAGCCAGGAAGAUGGCAAAUUCCAGCCAUCUGUGAGGAAGACACACUGCAGUGGUCGGAAACACAAAGAGAAUGUGAAAGACUAUUAUCAGAAAUGGAUGGAAGAGCAGGCCCAGAGCCUGAUUGACAAGACAACGGCUGCAUUUCAACAAGGGAAGAUCCCUCCUGCUCCGUUCUCUGCUCCUCCGCCUGCAGGGGCCAUGAUCCCACCUCCCCCCAGUCUCCCGGGCCCUCCUCGGCCUGGCAUGAUGCCUGCCCCCCACAUGGGAGGCCCUCCCAUGAUGCCAAUGAUGGGCCCCCCUCCGCCCGGAAUGAUGCCCGUGGGACCAGCUCCUGGGAUGAGACCACCCAUGGGAGGCCACAUGCCCAUGAUGCCCGGACCUCCCAUGAUGAGACCUCCUGCCCGCCCUAUGAUGGUGCCCACCCGGCCUGGCAUGACCCGGCCAGACAGAUAAGAGCAGAAGCGCUCUUGAUGGUUUUGUAUUUCUUGUUCUGUUCCACCAGGAGCUCUUGGUGCUGAGCCCGAGUGUUUACUAGAUGCAUGGAAAGGAAACUUCCCUUCCUAACUGAAUAUUUUUGGAGGGAGAAAUAAUACAAAAAAGUGCAGUUUUCACUUAUAUUGUGAAAUGUGAAAAUAAAGUCAUCAGCUCUUUUAGUUAAA